AUGGCGACGGCAUUUAGAAAACCCAUCCAAGACUGUUACGCGACCCUCGGCGUUGCUACAAACGCAAAUUCCAAGGACAUCAACAGCGCGUACAAGAGAUUAGCUCUGAAGUACCACCCCGAUAAAGCAGGUGGAAAUGAUGCCUCGUACGAUGAAUUCCAGAAGGCAAGUGCAUCCUGA